AUGGCGGAUUUUUCCGACAAAGGAUCAUCUACAUCAUCCGCCGACUGGAGCGACGAAGAAGGGGACGAGUACCUGGCCAAGGCGCUUGCUUCCGACGAGUACCUCCAAGGGUCUAGCCGUUCCUCGCCAUCGACGCUCCCUCCACCGCCGCCGCCGGCAAGCAUGGCUGGUGGUGCUGGAGGGACACCACAGCUAACCGCCGUACCACGCCCCGGCUCCCCAGCCAUCUCCCCCCCGAGAAAUCGCUUCCAUCUAGGGGUGCUGCGGUUCCACGACCAGCCUCACGUUGACAAGAUCCUGCGGCUGUGCUCGGACUCGGAGAAGGCGGGCCGGGCGGCGGAGGCUAAGGCCUCUGCCUCCGCCUCCUCGAGGGGCAAGGGUUCGAGGAGAGGGAGUCCCACCGCUGACAGGCACGUCUCGCCGUACGCCGGGAUCGUUCAGAUCGACCCGGACACGGCUGUGAUGCCGGCGUCUCGUGCGGCCAUCUUCAGGGCGGCUGGGGCGGCGUGCUUCGCCGUGGACGAGACCCUGGUCCGGUGAGAACCCGGGGUGUUCCGUCCCGGCUUUGUAGGGAUGGGAGGU